AUAAGUAAACAACUUGGUAUAGUGACAAGUUGACACGUGUUUUUUAAUUUUAAUCACAUAUUUGUACCCAAUAUGACCUCAAACGAAAUGGAAGUAGACGAAGAAAAUGAAACAAAACUAAAAAAUUUUCAUGAGUUAGAACUGGACGACAGAAUUUUAAAGGCUAUUGCAAAAUUAGGUUGGGUAGAACCAACAUUAAUACAAGAAAAAGCAAUACCAUUAAUGCUUGAUGGGAAAGAUAUUUUAAUUAGAGCUCGCACAGGAUCUGGGAAAACAGCUGCAUUUGCUAUACCACUUAUACAAAAAAUUUUAUUGAAGAAAAGAAUGCAAAACAAGCAAGAAAUUAAAGGUCUUAUUAUAACUCCAAGCAAAGAACUAUGCAAACAAAUACAUGAUGUUUUAAUCAGUUUAACAAUAAAAUGCAGCAGAGAAAUAAGAAUUAUUGAUGUCAGUCCACAAGUAGAUCUUAUUGCACAGAAACCAUUAUUAGCUGAAAAACCUGAUAUUGUUAUUGGUACUCCAAGUAGAUUAUUACGGCAUUUAAAAGCAAAUAAUAUGAAAUUGAAACAUUCUCUUGAAACACUAGUAAUUGAUGAAGCUGAUCUAGUAUUUUCAUUUGGAUAUGAAAAUGAAAUAAAAAAUGUAUUAAAUUAUUUACCAAUAUUAUACCAAGCAGCUUUAGCUUCUGCAACAUUAUCAGAAGAUGUACUAACACUUAAAAAGUUGGUACUUCAUAAUCCAGCAAUUUUAAAAUUAGAAGAACCCCCAUUAGCUCCAUUGUCACAAUUAUCACACUAUAGUCUUGCAGCAGAAGAAAAUGAUAAAGCUGCUAUUUUAUAUGCUUUAUUGAAGUUACAUUUAGUUAGAGGAAAAACUAUUAUAUUUGUAAAUACAGUAGAUAGGUGUUACAAGUUAAAGUUGUUUUUGGAACAGUUUGGUAUACCAACUUGUGUAUUAAAUUCUGAAUUACCAGCAUUUUCAAGAUGUAGAGCAGUUACUCAAUUUAAUUCUGGAACAUAUGAUAUUAUAAUAGCAUCAGAUGAAAAAUCUUUAGAUGAGCCUCAUGUAAUUAAAGUUAAAAAAGGGAAACGUAGAAAAGAUAAAGAAUCUGGUGUAGCACGGGGUAUUGAUUUUCAGUUUGUGUCCAAUGUAAUUAAUUUUGAUUUUCCUCCAGAUGUAAAUUCUUAUAUUCAUAGAGCCGGACGUACAGCUCGAGGAAAAAAUGAAGGAGCGGCAUUGAGUUUUAUUUCAGUAAGAGAAAGACCACUUCUUGAAGAGGUUGAGAACGAAUUAAAAGAUUGUUAUAAUCGUGAUACUUUAUUUAAAACAUAUCUGUUCAAGCUAGAAGAAGUCGAAGGUUUUCGAUAUCGUGCAAAAGAUGCGUGGAAAGCCGUAACGAGAAUAGCUGUGCGAGAAGCUCGUUUAAAAGAAAUAAAGCAAGAAAUACUUAAUUGUGAAAAAUUAAAAAGUUAUUUUCAAGAUAAUCCAAGAGAUUUGCAAUCCUUGAGACAGGAUAAAGCAUUACAUACUGUAAAGUUACAACCACAUUUGAAGGAUGUACCUGACUAUAUAGUCCCACCAACUUUGAAAAGGCUUGUUGGCAUUAAAAAAAGAAGGAAAUUUAACAUAGAAUCUGCAAAAUCGAAGCCUACCGCUACACAAGCAAAAUAUCGAGCACGUGCAUCAAAUCCUCUGAUUAGUUUACAAAUACCAAAUUUGAAAUAAAAGUUUUUUACUGAUCAUAAUAUUUUCUUUAAACUCAUUUAUUUCGUGACACUGCUUAUUAUAAAUAACAUUUUAUAAGAUUUUAUACAUUUAAAUUGUAAAAAAUUGUAGAUGAAA